AUGAUUAGCAGUGGUAGCAUUAUCGGAAAGUGUUUAUUGUUGACACUGGUGCUGCAGCUUGAUUGCGCCAUACGCCAUUGUUGGACUACAGCUGAAGCAACCUUCGAUCUUGGCAUUGAGCUACCCUUUAUGGCUACCGCAUUUGUGCAAACAGGGAACGAACUACAUUAUUUUUCAGAUAUCGAAUACCAUGAUUCAUUAGUUGGUGGUGCGCCCUUGAAAAGUAUCGAUCAGAAUGGGGCAAUGCUUAACAAUCAGUUACAAUUUACUCCAAAUGAAUUGCAAUUCGAUGAGCAAUCAAUGGGUAUGGCAAAACAGCAAGAAGUUCGAAUAUACAAUCCAACUGCUUCGACAGUUCGUUUCGACGCGAUUUCUGGCUCCACCGUUAAUUUUCAUUGCUCAUUUCCUGAACAUAAGACUGUGAAUCCUGGUGAGUCGACUACUUUCAGCGUAGUCUUUCUUCCUCGACAGGAGGGCUUUAUUGAAAAUGUCCUGAUUAUACAUUCAUCAUUGGGAUCAUUUACUUAUUCGGUUAAGGGUAAAGGCAAGGAGAGUGCUUAUCGAAUACGUCCAUUAGUUGGUGCGAAAAUACCUGUUAACGGGACGCUGGUAUCACCAGUUCAAUUGCACAAUCCGCAUCCAACAACGUUACGCGUUACAGAAGUAUAUACCAGUGAUGGUGAUUUGCAUUUGGAGUUGCCUGAUGUUGCUCCGGAAACGCAGCAUUCAGCUUCAUUAUGGGAUAUUGCUCCUUAUGAGACAAAGACUGUAAUGAAUGCUAAACUAUUUGGUGCACGAGAACGGAAUUCUAGUGCGUAUAUAAAAAUCAAAACUAAUCGGAAGAGGCGGAAAGUGAUCGACAAACAGUUGUCAAGGAAUUCACUUCAAACGAAUAUCAGCGUGGAACACAUCGAAGAUACACUUAUUGUUCCUGUAGAGGUAGAGAUUACAAAGAAACGUGGAUUAUAUUCUGCUGUAGAUUUGUUGGAUUUUGGUUUAAUUCGAUCUGGUGAUAAAUCUUCUACAUUAAUGUUGGAAAUUAUCUCUACACUAGAAAAAGGCAUCGAGAUUGAGAGUCUUUAUUUGGAAAACAGUGAAAAGCCCAAUGGUAUUUAUAUGGAAUUCGCUUCGAAGCCGCCAGUUUCUGUGAAAUGUGGUGCCAGACAGCAACCUGGUGCAUCAAAAGCAAUAGCAAAAAUCAUAUUUGAUACAAAAUUAUUGCGUGCCAAUGAAGAAAGGCCAAAAUUGGUUCGUUAUAAGGGAAGAAUAGUUGCUUCAAGUCGCGGUGGCACUUAUAACAUUACUAUACCAUACACAGCGCAGGUUUACUACGGUUCAAUAAAGCCGAAAGUGGAAGAAACGGCAUUUCAUAACCUUCUGAAACCUCCCGUCUCACGGAGCAUUCCAUUAACCAACGAUUUACCAUUUGGAAUUGCUGUGUGGAAAAUAACUUUAGAUGCAAAAGCACAAAGAUUUUUUAAAGCAAACUUAAUUUCAAAUGUGGUAGCGAUAGCUGCUGGUGAGACGAAGCCUGUCAUUUAUUUGCAAUAUAUAAGAAAAGAAGAAGAAGGUUUUACGACAUUUUUUAAUGUUCAUACCAAUGUUACAACAUUUCAAAUACCGCUUGUUAUAUUCAGUGGAAAAUUGAAAAUAGUUUUACAUUCAUUGCAUCAGAAAGAAUUCAAUUUCGGUCUUAUUGAUGUUGGUGACACUCGCUCAAUUCAGUUUUCCAUAAUAAACGAGAAUCCAGUUGCCAUUAUUGUAAAGAAUUUAAGAAGAGCAUUGCCGUCAAUAACAACAUUGUCACUAUUGAGUGUAAAAGCUGAACAGAGCCUGACCUUAAAUUUGACAAACCAUAAACAGUCGGAAUUGUCAGAAGCUUAUCGAGAGGGUGAGGAUUUUCUAUUACUUGGCUCCAGUUUUGCGGUCUUUAGAUAUACUUUGCGAGCUCCAAGUGAUCGUGCGGUUUUAUAUGAUACAUUCGUCAUCGAAACUGAUUUCGAAUACUCUUCAUUCCCGGUGACUUAUACAGUUGGUCAAGGUACAAUAAUAGCAGUACCCGAAGAGCUCAUUUUUCCUGAUGCAUUCCCCGGACGUAUUAGUUCACAUUCAUUGAAAGUAUUUAGUACCUUUGAGGAAGAUAUGCGUGUUAUGCGAAUUUCAUCGUUAUUCGGUGAUCGGAAAAUAUUUUUUGAGAGGACAAGUACUAAUACUCCUGUAAUCAGAAAUAAAGCACUUUCUGACCUUGGCCGUGUGCAUGUCAUACCAAGCGCCAAUUGUACAGAUGAUUGUUACGUUGGUAUGCCAUUGCACACGGCCGAUGGACAGUGGUUUACGUAUGGCGUGAAAUUGCCACAAAAUCUGGCUGAAAUCGAUUACUAUCUGUACAGCAGAUUACGACGAAGAUUUCUUGCGCUACAAGCUGAAGGCAAAAAUUAUAUGAAUGAAACUAUCGUUAUUGACACUGAUAAGGUUAAGCAUUUGGAAGUACCGUUGACCGCAGAGCUUGUUUGGCCAAAACUUUUAACUCGCUCAGUUGUUCAUUUCCCUCUAACGGCUGUGGGAAAUUUUACUAUAGUGAACUUAACGUUAACAAAUCCAUCGUCGUUACCAGUUGUUGUGCAGUUGUUACCACUGGUCAUUUACCCUGAUGCCGAUACGCUAAUUGAUUUUUUUGGGAGUGAACUGGAUUCACCACUUACACAGCCAAUUGAAAUGAAUGAAACGUUAAUGUUUUCGUUACGAGAUACAGAACUGUUUACUUUAAAACCUGAUAGUCCAGUGCCGAAAUUAAGAGAAGAACUGGAAAGCGUUCUUGGAAUACCAAUUCCAAAAUUUACCUUAUCUAUGUUGCUACAACCAGGAAUGAAAGUACGUGUUCGUGUUGGAUUCCUGCCUUCUGACUAUGUUCUUCGUUCGUCUCUACUUCUGAUUCGUAAUAACUUAACGGCCUUGGAACCAGUUGUACUAUAUGGUCGUGGAGCACGCAUGGAUAUGCAAGUAGAAGGUCGUGCUGCAAGAACUCGUGAUCCAUUGGCUUUUGAAAUACAGCCGCAUCAUCUUUCAGACUGUCACAAUCCAAAACGUUUGACACACAAACUUUUUACAACACUCACUGUAAAACGUUCUUUUACCGUCAUGAACACCGGUGAAGUAGUAUUUACUGUCGUCAACAUGAGCAUCAGUAAUGUCCCAUGUGAAAAUCGUGGCUUCCGUAUUCUGAACUGUCAUCCAUUUCGGCUUAAACCGAAUGAAACACAUAUUUUGGAUAUCGCGUAUACGCCUGAUUUCCUAAUGUCAUGGAACGAGGCUGCAUUACAGUUUUAUAUGCACAUGAACGGUACAUCUUGGUUAUUUCCAAUGGGCGCAUCUGUACCACGACAUAUGCUAGCCAAAUGUCACGCAGCUUUGCCACGACCACCUUUUGAAAGUUUUAUGUAUUAUUCCGGCAUAUCUGCUUUAAUACUGUGCCUUAUAUGCAUUGUCGCUUGUGCAUAUUUGGAAGCCGAUAGAACUAUUACAUGUGGUAUAAGGCAGCAAUUUGGCCAAACACGACGGUUCUUAGAUCUAAACACUAUUGAUAUGCGACGCACCCGUGAUAGAGGAUUUUCUUCUCUGUCAAAAUUCAAAUCGUCAGCACCUCGUCGCCAUGUUUUGCACUAUUCGGAAGAUUCGAAUUUAUUGAUACGCUCAUUCUGGCAAACAGCAAAUAGUGUUCUAUGGUUGUUUUCAUUCGUGUGGCAGUUCCGUGGUGAUGAUACACAAGUAACAGUAAAAUCCGCAAGAACACGUCAAAAGAAAACCUUAGUUAAAUGUCAUGCUGACUCGACCAAUUCUACUAAAGGUUCAUCUUUGGAUAGCGCUAAAUCAACAUCGACACCAUCUGAUUCAUCCAUCACAGCAACCAGCGGAUCUAGUUCAGUAGGGAAGCGAUAUGGUUAUAAAAGAUCUAGUCUGUCACCAUGUUCAGUCGGGCAUACAUUACAUAAUAAUUCUUCAAAGAAUGUGUCCGUCAGUGGAUUAUGCAGAUCCUCAAAGGAAAAGGUGAAUGCUGAACGAGCAUUAUUUCUAAAGGCGAAAGAAGCAAAAGAAAAUCGCACAGAUUCAAGUAGACUACGGUCUAAAACUAUCAUGGAGGCUGCUGCUGUUUCAUGGCCUUCAGGCAAUUCUAACGGUUAUAUCAAGAAUACAGGCUUAGUUAGCAAACAUGGAAACUCGAGUUCUACGGAUACCAAGAAACUAGAGCAGAAUUAUGUAUCACAUGGUGUUUCCGCUCUUCCGACUACAGAAAACAGGGAGAAUGGCUAUGAGUGGUUUCCAAUGCAUCAUGAUAAGGCUAUUGAUGAAAGGUCAGAAGCAGAAUUAAGUGAUACAAGUGCUCCACCGGAAUGGGCGGACGGGCCUGCUAUAUUAAAUGACGAGAAUGUCGACGAGGACUUUAGUGCCUUAGCCGAUGCCGCUGAACGUUUAUUCUUACCGGAAAAAAAAUUGUCACCACAACGAUUUUCAUUAGAAUUAUCUCCACUGUCAUCUGUGACCACUGUGCGCACAUUUCGAUCAGAACAAGGAAAGAACGCGCAAAAAAAGCAAGAACCUUUUCCUAGAAAAGAAAUCUUGAGUCCAAUUGGUUCUCAGCGAAAUGAUAACAAAGAGGGUGGUAAUAAGCCGAGUGCGUUCAUCGAACAAUUACAGAGAGAACGAAAACUAGCUGAAGAUCAGUAUUUAAGAAAUAAGCGAUUAAAGGCUGGUGUUUGA